UUGGUCUCCAACAUCCCCCUAGUCUCCUCCAGGAGCAGCGGAAGCCUCACAGCGGCCAGAGUAGCGCAGCGCCGCUCCACGCCCGCCCCGGCCGGCACGAUGCCGCUGCUGGACCCGAAGGUGAAGCCCAACCCGCUGCAGAAAGCGAACCUCUGCUCGCGCCUGUUCUUCUGGUGGCUAAACCCCUUGUUUAAAAUUGGUCAUAAACGGAAAUUAGAAGAAGAUGACAUGUACCCAGUGCUUCCAGAAGAUCGCUCCCAGCACCUUGGAGAAGAGCUGCAAGGGUACUGGGAUCAAGAAGUGUCAAGAGCCCAGGAAGAUGCACGGGAGCCUUCUUUAACGAAAGCGAUCAUAAAGUGCUACGGGAAAUCCUACUUAGUUUUGGGAAUGUUAACAUUUCUUGAGGAAGGCACCAGAGUAGUUCAAUCCAUAUUUUUGGGGAAAAUGAUUAGUUAUGUUGAAAACUAUGAUCCCAAUGAUUCUGCCGCUUUGCAUGAAGCCUAUGGCUACGCGGCAGGGCUGAGCGCCUGCGUGCUCGUGUGGGCCGUUCUGCACCACUUGUACUUCUAUCACAUCCAGCGCGUGGGGAUGAGGCUGAGAGUAGCCGUGUGCCACAUGAUCUACCGCAAGACCCUUCGCCUGAGUAGCUCCGCCAUGGGGAAGACCACCACAGGCCAGGUAGUCAACCUGCUGUCCAACGACGUGAACAGGCUUGACCAGGUAACGAUGUUCUUGCACUAUCUGUGGGUGGGGCCACUGCAGGCUAUCGCAGUGACUGCCCUGCUCUGGAUGGAAAUAGGAAUAUUGUGUCUUGCUGGGAUGGCGGUUCUCAUUAUUCUUCUGCUUUUGCAAAGCUGCUUUGGGACGUUGUUUUCAUCACUCCGGAGUAAGACCUCAGCUCUCACAGAUGACAGGAUCAAGACCAUGAGUGAAGUCAUAACUGGCAUCAGAACAAUAAAAAUGAACGUUUGGGAAAAGUCAUUUAUAGACCGUAUUACCAGACUGAGAAGGAUGGAAAUUUCCAAGAUUCUGAGAAGUUCCUACCUUAGGGGCAUGAGUUUGGCAACAUUUUUUGCUGUGAGCAAAAUCAUGAUUUUUGUCACCUUCAUCACCAGUGAGCUCCUUGACAACCUGGUCACAGGCAGCCAAGUGUUUGUGGUGGUGACGCUGUUCGAGGCUCUGUGGUUCUCGAGCACCCUCUACUUCCCCAUGGCCGUCGAGAAGGUGUCAGAGGCUGUUGUCAGCAUCCGAAGAAUCAAGAAAUUUCUUUUACUUGAUGAGACAUCACAGUGCUACCCUCAGCUGCCAUCAGAUGGUAGAACAAUUGUGGAUGUGCAGGCAUUUACAGCUUCUUGGGAAAAGGCAUCAGAGACCCCAACCCUACAAGGCCUUUCAUUUACUGUCAGACCUGGUGAACUGUUAGCUGUGGUUGGACCUGUGGGUGCAGGAAAGUCGUCACUGUUGAGCGCUGUCCUGGGGGAGCUGCCCCCGAGCCAGGGGAAGGUCAGUGUCCACGGGAGGAUCGCGUAUGUCUCUCAGCAGCCCUGGUUGUUUCCAGGAACUGUGAAGAGUAACAUUUUAUUUGGGAAGAAAUAUGAAAAAGAACGGUAUGAAGAAGUAAUAAAGGCUUGUGCUUUGAAAAAGGAUUUACACCUUUUGGAGGAAGGAGAUCUAACUGAGAUAGGAGACCGAGGAACCCCGCUGAGUGAAGGACAGAAAGCCCGGGUCAGCCUCGCCAGAGCCGUGUAUCAGGACGCAGACAUCUACCUCCUGGACGAUCCUCUCAGCGCAGUGGAUGCAGGAGUCAGCAGGCACUUGUUCGAAGAGUGUAUUUGUCAGGCCUUGAAGAAUAAGAUCACAAUUUUAGUCACUCAUCAGUUUCAAUACCUUAAAGAUACAAGUCAGAUUCUGGCAUUGAAAAAUGGCAAAAUAGUGUACAAGAGGAUUUACUCUGAGCUCCUGAAAUCUCAGAUAGAUAUCUCUUCCCUUUGUGAGAAGGGAAAUAAGCAGUCUGAACCAUCUCCAGCUCUAGGAACUCCCACUCUGAUCUCUGAGUCUUUGGGUUCAUCUCUACAGUCUCCCAGACCCUCAUUGAAAGAUGUGGCUCCAGAGGACCAAGAUACUGAGAACAUACAGGUUACACUACCUCUAGAGGACCAUUUGGAAGGAAAAGUUGGUUUUAAGACCUAUAAGAAUUACUUCACAGCCAGUGCUGGCUGGUCUGUCAUCCUCUUCCUUAUUCUAGUGAACAUCGCAGCUCAGGUUGCCUACGUCCUGCAGGAUUGGUGGCUUGCAUACUGGGCGAAUGUAGAAAGUGACCUGUAUUUUGGGGAACUUGUAAAAGAAGGUGAAGAUGUACUGUUGAUUCUGAACUGGUACCUAAGAGUGUAUUCAGGGUUAACUGUAUCUACCAUCCUUUUUGGUGUCACAAGGUCUCUAUUGAUAUUCUACGUCCUUGUUAAUUCUUCACAAACUUUGCAUAGCAAAAUGUUGGAGACCAUUUUAAGAGCUCCAGUAUUGUUCUUCAAUAGAAAUCCAAUAGGAAGAAUUUUAAAUCGUUUCUCCAAAGACAUUGGGCAUAUGGAUGACUUGCUGCCUGUGAUAUUUCAAGAUUUCAUCCAGACAUUUCUUCUUGUGGUUGGUGUGGUGGGUGUGAUGGUGGCUGCGGCUCCUUGGAUUGCUAUACCUGUGAUUCCCCUUGGCAUCAUUUUCUUUGUCCUCCGGUGGUAUUCCUUAAGGACUUCACGAGAUGUGAAACGCCUGGAAUGUACAACUCAGAGCCCAGUGUUUUCCCACUUAGCAUCUUCUCUCUGGGGACUCUGGACCAUCCGGGCAUACAAAGCUGAACAGAGGCUUCAGGAGCUGUUUGAUGCAUAUCAGGAUUUGCACUCAGAGGCUUGGUUCCUGCUUUUGACAACAUCCCAAUGGCUUGCUGUGUAUCUGGAUGUCAUCUGUGCCAUCUUUGUCACUGUUGUAGCCUUUGGGGUCCUGAUUCUGGUAGAAACUUUGAAUCUCGGGCAGGUUGGCCUGGUGCUGUCUCUCACACUCACACUCACGAGGAUGUUCCAGUGGUGUGUCAGGCAAAGUGCCAAAGUGGAGAACAUGAUGAUUUCAGUAGAAAGGGGGAUUAAAUAUACAGACCUUGAGAAAGAAGGACCCUGGGAACUUGAGAAUCGUCCACUGCCAUCCUGGCCCCAUGGAGGAGAGAUUGAGUUUUAUCAAAUUAAAUUCAGGUACAGCUUGGAUGGGCCUCUGGUAUUGAAGAACCUGGACCCAACCAUUGACCCAAGAGCAAAGGUUGGCAUUGUAGGAAGAACAGGGGCUGGAAAAAGUUCCCUCAUCGCUGCCCUUUUUAGAUUGUCAGAACCUGAAGGUCGUAUUUGCAUUGAUGGGCUCUGGACAACCAAUAUUGGACUUCACGAUUUAAGGAAGAAAAUGUCAGUUGCGCUUCAGGAACCUGUUUUAUUCACUGGAACAAUGAGGAAAAAUCUGGAUCCCUAUAAUGAGUAUUUGGAGGAGGAACUGUGGGAUGUCUUAGAAGAGGUACAACUUAAAGAAGCCAUCAAAGCUCUUCCUAUUGGAUUGGAUACUGAAUUAGCAGAAUCGGGAUUGAACUUGAGUGUUGGACAGAGACAACUAGUGUGCCUUGCCAGGACUGUUCUCAGGAAAAAUCAGAUAUUGAUUCUUGACAAAGCCACAUCCAAUGUGGAUCCAGGAACUGAUGAGUUAAUACAAAAAAAAAUUCAUGAGAAAUUUACCCAGUGCACUGUGCUAACCAUCACACACAGGUUGAGCACCGUUAUUGACUGUGAACAGAUACUGGUUUUCGAUUCAGGGAGACUGAAUGAAUAUACCCGGCCAUAUAAUUUGCUGAAAAAUAAAGAUAGCCUGUUUUACGAGAUGGUGCAAAACCUGGGCAAGGAAGAGGCCUCUGCCCUCACUAAAAGGGGAAAACAGGUGCACUCUGAAAGGAAAUAACUAGAUAUCACUCACAGUGACCAUGUGGUUAUGAAUAUUAUGAACGGCCAAUGGACAACCCUCAGCCUUCACAACUUUUGAGUCAACUCUGUGAUUCUACCAUGAGUUCAUGUCUAUACUAAAGUCAUUGGUCCAAUCGGUUUUUGCACUGUGUAAAUUAUGUUGUUCUUUUUUCACACCAGCAACAGAUAUUGGCAUAUUAUAAGAUACUAAUCUAUAAUUUUUCUCCAACUUCACUCAGUGAUU